CUUUGUUAAAGUAAUUUAUUUUUAUUUUUAUUUUUUAUUUUUUUAAAAAAACUCCCUAUAAAUUAGACCUAUUUGCUUGCUUGCUUGCUAUAAGUCGAGUAAACUCAAUCGAACAAAGGUAAUAAUAAAAAUGGCAAUCUCUAGAAUUGGCUUUGUAGUUUUAUACUUGACCGUAGUUUUCGCGAGCUUCAUCGCCUUCAGCUCCACCGUGGCAUUGGGGCAAUGCCGAGGGGACUUCCAAGGCCUUGUAAGACAAUGCUCGAGAUUUGUUCAAAAAACGGGACCAAAAUCCAACCCGUCUUCAGAAUGUUGCAAUGUUGUCAAGAACGUCGAUUUUCAAUGCGUAUGUCAGCAUGUCACCGGCGAAGUCGAGCAAAUUAUUAGCAUGGAGAAAGCAGUAUACGUCGCAGCUUCUUGCGGGAGACCCCUUGUUCAUGGAACUAAAUGUGGAAGUUAUACAGUUCCCAUGAAGGAAGAAAUCGAUCAAGUGAUUAUAUGAAAUUUCAAUGGUAUAAUAAUGAUAGUAAUAAUAUUAUUAAUUAAUGUGUGAAGAUUAUAUAUAUUAAUUUGAGCACUACAUUGUACUGAUCGAUCACAUUUGAUUCUAAUGGUUU